AUUACACUAAGCUAGAUGGACCUGUUAUCCGAGUCCGUGCAAAGUAGCUUCCUAUGUACCUAUGCAUCGAGACUCGCUCAAAAUCAUUAUGGUAAGGGAACCGUCAGGGAAAUCAUUGUCAGGGAACUCUCCCCGCUCCCUUUGCCCCAAUCCCUAAACGAGUAGCCAGCCUGACUCAGCUUCUCUCCACCUUCGGGAAUCACCGAUGGAAGGCGCCUCAGGCUGCGGUUCAAGAACCUGUUAGGCGGCGGCGACACGUUACAUGGCCCUGUUUUAAAAUGCAGACACUGCAGCCGUGGAUUGCAAACAGACGAUGAGUUAUUAUUUGAACUUGGUGUCCCGAGCUUUACACAGACGUCCAUUCAUUCCGCCCGAGCCAACGUGGGAAACUUGGAGGCGAAAGGAGAAGCCGCCAAGCGAGGGACGGGGGUUCAGACGUCUUAUAAGAGGAGUAAGCCUCUGCUGUGCCUCAUUUUAAGUCCUUGGAGAGGAGCAGGCGGCCCACAUGGCGAAUCAGUCCCAGUGUGUGGACGACAAGCCCCUUAGGGGCUUUCACAGCUCGCCCCAGGCCUACAGCGAGGUCCAACGCCUGGCGUUGGAGGAGCUCGUCAAUGCAGGCAGGCCGGCUUUCCACACUUUCCUGCGCCGGGAGAGGGUGCGUGCCUUCCUGUCCGAACCCGAGAUCCAAUCCAUUCUGCGCGCUGCCGUGCCUCUGCCCGGGACAAGCGAAAGCUUCGCUGCUGCAAAAGCAGCAGACCAGUCAGUGAGCGCCUCAUCACUCGCUUACCCGAUGCAGUCCGACGUGGAGCCGCCUGCACUGGAGCUGGGCUGGCCGGCUUUCGCCACGGGCUCCUUGAAAAGGUCCACCGUGCUAGAGUCGCAUUUCCAGCCCAGCUUUGGCGAGACCAUCUAUCCCUGCAAAGAAGCGGUGCGCAAGCAGAUCCGAUCGGCCAAAGAGGUCAUUGCUCUAGUCAUGGAUUUCUUCACAGAUAUUGAUAUCUUUAGUGAUCUUCUGGAAGCCUGUAGGAAGCGGGAAGUCAGAGUGUACAUCCUCUUGGACCAAGCUCUCUUUCCUUACUUUCUGAAAAUGUGUACAGAUCUGGGAACUGACCUGGAACAGGAAAAGCUUCUUAGAGUCCGGAGUAUUACUGGAAAAACAUUCUACACAAGAUCAGGAACAAAAUUAGUUGGGAAGUCCCGUGAAAAGUUCAUGCUAGUUGAUGGCAUUAGAGUGACAACAGGUUCCUACAGUUAUACUUGGAUUGAUGGGAAUCUAAGCAGCAGCAAUAUUUUAAUUUUUUCUGGUCCUGCAGUGGCACAGUUUGAACUACGAUUUCGAAUCCUUUAUGCACAAUCAAAGCUUGCCAACACAAAUAUGUUGAUCACUUGCAAAAAUGCUAGACUGGAGCAAUUUUUUAGUAAAGUAAUGCCUUCCAAUGACUUCUCCAAGAGAAAUGUCUUGAGAAUGGAUUUUUUCUACCUGAGAACCUAUGCUGGAAAUGUGAAGAACAAGCAGGCAUUUCUCCAGGUUUCCAGGGACAGAAAGUAUGAAUCUAACAUUGUAAUAAAAGUACCUCCGCUUUUGACAAAGAGGAACAAUUCUCUAUUCAUAAAAACACAAAGAAGCAUCCAGUGGUGAAGAACGGAUUCAUCUUGGAAACAUGUUAGUGUAAGCAUUGUAACAUAUCUCUAAGGAUAAGACUUACUUUUAAGGAUCAUCAGUCCUUCUGCUGAAAAAUGAAAUAAUUCAGUGAUAUAGUGAGCAGUGAAGAAUCAUUGAUGGGCCUAGUAGUAAUAUACAAUGAGCAGGGCAGGGACGAAGAACCUGUGGCCCACCAGAUAUUGUUGGACUCCAGUUUCCAUCAGCACCAGACAGCAUUGCUGUAAGGGAUGAUGAGAGUUGUAUUCCAACAACAUAUUGUUGCCUAUACCCCAAUCUCUGCGCAGUGCAAGACCUCCACAGGUACCAGCAUUUACCUAGGGUUUGGUUUCCUUGGAAAGGUCACUGAAGACUGUGGUAUCUUUUUGGAUAUAUGGCUUUUAUUUAUACAUAUAUACAACCUGAGUGUAAGAUGGAGAGGUUCUCAGCAUUAACAGUCUCAGAUCUUGUUUCCCAAAGCUCAUACUGUGGAGGUUAAGACACAGAGAGAAAGCCUCACUGUGUAUCUUUCCAGUUUCAUUCCAAGAUGGCACUAAAACACACAAGCCUCUCCUUGGCUCCAGGAUGAGAGGGAGGAGGGCCUCUCCCCUGAAAAGAGUUCCAAUAGCAACAGGAUCUCUCUUGGCCACAUCCCUUUGGAUAUGCAGAUUGACCACUCAAUAAGCUUAUUAACUCACAGGCUGACUUGGCUUGAACUAUUAGUUUAUGCAAGGGAAACUGAUUUGCCCAGUUUAGCAGGUCUCUACAUUGCAGACUGUAUCUCUUACAGGCCCGCAAUUAGAAGCUAGACCGCAUCUCGCAGAUAUCAUCCAAACCCACCCCCACAAUCCUAUAACACUAUACAGGGCCAUAUUUCUCCUCCCUGCGGUAAAGUGUGAUAGCCAUCCUCUGGACUAUGUGUGGCAUGUGUCUGCAACUGACUAGUAAAUAGUGUUAGACCCAAGUGAAUAUUGAUUUGUAUCAUUCACCCAACUCCCAGUUUGCUUCCACUUCUUUUGUGUACGGUAAGACUGGGUGAAUUGUGCAUGCACUCCUAUGUGGCUUUGCCUAUAUCUUGUGUGGUAGUGUGCUCAUGAUCUCGAGGGCUAGCCUUAAGCCCAGCAUGCAGCCCAGUGCUAAGCAUGUUUACUUGAAAGUAAAUCCCCCUUUGUUCAAUGAAGCUUUCUCCCAGGUAAGAGUACAUAGCGUUGCAACCUUAAUGCCUGUAACUUGUGAAUCAAUUCACUUCUGUUACAGGAAGCAAGUUUUUCCUCUUUGGGGUACUGCUAGGGUAGAACUAAAGCUAUCCCUGGAGUUAACAGGAACCUCUUGAAUUGUGAAUUACAGCCCUAAUCACCUUUUCCUUUUCAAGUCAGUAAUUCCCACUGGAUUGUACAGGACAAGGUAGACAGGCCACACUGAAGAACAUAGCCUGACACCUGUGUCAGAGACAUAGGCAACUUUGACCCAGGCUACAUUCACACCAUACAUUUAUUCCACUUUAAACCAUCAUGGCUUCCCCCAAACAAUCCUGGGAAGGAUGCUGAGAGUUGUGCAGAGACUCUUGUUCUCCUCACAGAGCUACCAUUUCCAGAGUGGUUUAAAGAAUUGUAGCUCUGAGGGGAAUAGGGGUCUCCUAACAACUCUCAGUACCUUCACAAACUACACUUCCCAGGAUUCUUUAGGGGAAGCCAGGACUAUUUAAAGUGGAAUAACGGCAUAAAUGUGUGGUGUGAAUGUGGCCCCAAAGUGUCUCCAAAUGUACCCAACUACAAGCAAUUUUGUGAUAACGUAUUCAUAAAGGUAGGCUAUAAAUAAACAAAUUAUUUUCUUUGACAUAAGAGAAUGGUUUGUAUGGGAAAAAAGUCCUUCAUUUGUCGAUAGCAUAAUGUUUCAUUAGUGACUCAGUCAUGAUUAUUGAGAUACUGCUUUGCAUUUUAAAAAUAAAAAUAUAAUGCAAAUAAAUGAAAUGCUAGAUUUGUAUUUAUUUAUGUCAUGUCUAUAAAUCUUU